AUAUCUGCUGAAACGUAAUAAAGACUUAAAUGUGCGUCAUUCAGCAGGCUUUUGAAGUAAAGUGUAAACGAGCACAUUGGCAGGUGCACAACUGACCGGGGAGUGAGUGUUGAUUUUACGUGCUUUUGCUGUGAUUGUUCAUAGUGGCAUUGCCUAAAAUGAAUCACUCUGGGCCUGAGAAGCGCGAGCAGAAGUUCGUGCUCGACUGCAUCGCUGUCAGUUCGGUUGCGCUCGGGUAUGAACACAUGCGCCCCCGGCUCUGGUCGGUGCUCCCCGGGUACGACGCACACAAUGACCCCCACGCUGCGCGCUACACGACCACCCCAUCGGUGCAGAGGGUCCCGCAGAAGACCACCCCGUCGGUGCGGAGGGUCCCGCAGAAGACCGAGAACAAGGAACUGAAGAGCGCCGCUGCCCAAAAGUCCCUAGACCUGAGGAACACUUCCGGAGCAGGUCACUCCCGAGAGCAGGUGAGCAACCACAGUGGUCUCAUGUCGGACAUCAAGCCGCUGAUAGGCUACAACGGGCGGUUUGGGUUUCGGCGCAACACGCCCAACCUCCGGCGGGACCCGUCCAGCUUUGGAGAGGUGACCACGUUCCAACUCCAUUGAGUCCAACGACCGAAAAGGUAUCAUCAUCAUUAUGAAGUUCCAAUGAGCGACAAUAAAUGCGUCCAGAGAAUGUCACCGUAUAACUUGAUGAGUCAUGAUUUAUGCCUGUUUAUCUCUGCUUAA